AUGAUGCCCGCAACCACCCUAGGAGGCCGAAAUAGACAACGGAUGAAGUGGACUGACGAAAUAAAUAUCGAGUUACUCCGUUGCUAUUACACCGUCACUAACUUGGAGACCAAUCUUACCGCAUACAGACCAUUACUACACCGAAUGUUUGUCCAAAAGUACCCAAAAUUAAAUUUCAUUACGGAACAACGACUAUCAGAUCAAAUACGAGUCAUACACAGAAACAAUAGAAUACCUGCAACAGCAAGAGAAAAAAUAAAGAAAACCAUUGAAGAAAUAAUCAAUAGGGAAAAUAACGAACACAGUGAAAACACAACGCAAAAUACAUUAUUUACAAAUAUACAAGACAAUAAUACAACAGAAGAAGAGACAAAUACCGAUACACAGACAGCAAUGGCUCACUUAUACACACAGUACACACAAAACAGUAAUGAUACAGAGACUCUUAUUACAGAACAUCAAAUUACACUAUCACAACAGAUGAAUAUAGAAAAUGAAAACCACACACAACUUGAGUACGAAAAAAUAUAUACAACAUUUACAGAACUGUUAAUAAAAUUUAAAGGAACCGACCCAACACUCAGACCACAUAUCCCAAAAUUACAAACAUGUCGAAAAACUAUUAAAACGGUAAAUACUAUCAACCAAAUCAUUAAAGCAUACCUACAAAAUAAUGACGAUACGACAAUCGAAAAUUUACAUGAUAUAAUAUACUGUGCAGCUAAAACAGUCACAACACUACACAUAGAAAAAAACAACCUAAAUAAGAAAAAUAUUAAAAGAACCGAAACUACUGAGAACAAACCAGCAUGGCAAAAACGUAUAGAAACAAAAAUUGCAAAACUACGUAAGGAAAUAGGACAAUUAACACAACAUCUCAACGGAAAAUUAUCACAAAAGAAACAAGAAAAAAUAAAAGUUAAUGGGAAAGAUAGGAACGAAGUAGUUGAAGAAUUAGACAAAAAUAAACAGAAACUUGCAGCUCAAUCAAAACGACUGCGCCGAUAUAAAUUAAGUAAUCUACGUAAAUUACAAAACAGAAAUUUCAAUUAUAAUGAAAAAUUAUUCUACCGUAACCUACACAAAACACACACAAUAACUCAGCCACCUGAUAUGACACAAGUACAAAAAUUCUGGGAAGAUAGAUGGGGAAACUGUGUAUACCAUAAUCAGAACGCGAAAUGGAUAGAAUUAGAGGAAAAUAGAGUUAAAAAUAUAGAAAACAUGACACAAUUUAAAAAUAGAGAAAAGCGAUAUAGAAACAGCUAUACGAAAAACACUGAACUGGAAGGCACCGGGCCCAGACAAAAUACAAAACUACUGGAU